CUAGGAUUUCUGAGCGAUCAAAACCCUAGAAGACGGAAUAUGUUAAGAAGAAGACUCCCUUCACUCCUCUCAACUUCACUCUUCAAUGCUUCUCCAAUCGUCUCCUCCAAAUGCGUCGGUACCAAAUUCCCAUUGUCAUCACCAUUUCUUCCAUUACACUCCCUACAAUGCGCUAAUCCAAGCCCUACCCUUAAGGGGAUUUGGGCUGUUGAUCGUGUUAGAGCCUAUAGCCUUCUAAGCUUGAACGAUCUUCGGGAUAACAAGGGGGCCAGGAAGCAGAAGAAAAGGAAGGGUCGUGGGAUUGGGUCGGGUUUGGGCAAGACGGCAGGGAGGGGUCACAAGGGUCAGAAGGCCAGAGGGACAAUGAAAUUUGGGUUCGAAGGUGGUCAAACGCCGUUGCGUCGUCGCAUGCCCAAACGGGGGUUUAAGAAUCCCUUUAGCCUCACAUUUCAGCCUGUUGGAUUGGGAAAGAUAGCAAAACUUAUAAAUGCGGGAAAAAUAGACUCUUCUGAGUUGAUUACCAUGAAGACUCUCAAGGAUGCAGGUGCAAUAGGGAAGCAAAUUAAAGAUGGGGUAAGAUUGAUGGGGCGUGGUGCUGAUGAGAUAAAGUGGCCAAUUCAUUUUGAGGUCUCAAGGGUGACAGUCAGGGCGAAGGAAGCAGUUGAAGCAGCAGGUGGUUCGGUCAGGAGAGUUUACUACAACAAGUUGGGUUUUCAGGCAUUGCUCAAGCCUGAGUGGUUUGAAAAGAAGGGCAGGUUGCUGCCAAAAGCUGCUAGACCUCCCCCAAAACAGAGAGAUAAAGUUGAUAGCAUUGGGCGCCUUCCUGCCCCUACCAAACCUAUUCCGUUUUUGCCUGAAGAAAAGGAGGCAGCAUUCACUCCAUCUGUCUGAUAACUCAAGAGACCAGUUUUGAUGGUUUCAUUUUUGAGUUUGUAGAAUAAUGAUGAAUUACUAUUUAAGCAAAUUUUGUUUCUUAUAACAUUGAAUUUGUUUUGCAUUAGUAUGAAUGCGUUUAGAAACAAAUGGACUCUUGCAUAAGGCCAAUUCUUUUGAGGGGGCCUCAACUGGAAUCAAGAAACUCUCUACUUAGGUAAA